GUAAUGCGAGCUAGAUCAACAGAAGUUUAACUUCAAGAAAGGGGUGAGGAUGCCUACCAUUAGUUUGAGGGGUGUUCACAUCAACUUUCCAUUUGACCCGUAUGCAUGCCAGGAAGCAUAUAUGGAUAAGGUUCUGGAGAGCCUUCAAACGAGUCAAAAUGCUGUGUUGGAGAGCCCAACUGGAACUGGAAAGACUCUGUGCUUACUGUGUGCCAGUCUAGCCUGGCUCCAAGGACGCAAGGCCCAGACAGCACUAAACAGACAGAUUCACAUAUCCUCAUUUGUGGAGCAGGGUUCAGUGAGACCAGAGAAUGUCAAUAGCCUUGUGAAGAGUUUGGAGGCCUCGACUGGACAGACGUGGGGAGGUGCAGAGUUUGCUGUACCGAAGAUAAUAUAUGCUUCCCGAACUCAUUCUCAACUAUCUCAGGCUGUGAAUGAACUCAAGAGGACAGCUUACAACAGCAUGAAGGUGAGCGUGAUUGGGUCCAGAGAGCAAUUGUGUAUCCAUGAGCAAGUGAAAAAGGAGCUCAGUAACACUAAUAAGGUUCAUAUGUGUCGGGCAAAGGUAAAUGCCAGAACCUGUUUCUACUACAACAAAUUUGAUGACAUCAAGAGGAACAGUGACGCCCGUCAGUUAGUGGGGACUGUGGUUGAUAUAGAGGAUAUGGUCGGAUAUGGAGAGAAAAACAAAGUUUGUCCAUAUUACCUGGCUAAAGAGCUGAAAAAUGAUGCUGAAAUUAUAUUUAUGCCAUACAACUACCUACUAGAUGCCAAGUCAAGGAAAGCCCAUGGAGUUGAACUGCAGGGAAACAUUGUCAUAUUUGAUGAAGCCCAUAACUUGGAGAAAAUAUGUGAAGAAAGCUCCUCGUUUGAUCUUACAACAGCAGACCUGGCAACAGCUAUUGAGGAAGUGUGUCGACUUGCUGACAAGUUUGUAGAGAUGGCUCAGGCAGAGGCUCAGAGUCUGGUAGAAAUGACAGAAUCUAGUAUGCCAGAACCAGAAUUCAACCUGGAAGAUUUACUGAGAAUGAAAUCUACACUGAAGGAGUUGGAGGACAACCUGGACAGUUUAGACAUAGGCACAGGUUCAAAUGGUGUCACUCACCCUGGCAUGUUCAUGUUUGAAUUCCUGACAAAAGUAAACAUUGGUUUUGAGACAAAAAAUUUCUUCAUUGACAUAUUGGAUAAGAUGAUCAACUAUCUUACAAGCGACACCUCUUCUGGAUUCACCACUAAAGCUGCAGGGUUAUCCAAGAUAGCUGAUGUCUUUAAGAUUGUUUUCUCGAGGGAGACUCGCCUUGGAGAUUCCCUACACAGUCAUCAACAGACCAUAGCUAAGUAUUACAAGGUACAUAUACAAGAAACCAAGACUGACAAAAAGUUUGGGAAGAAGGCUGAUUUAUGGAGCAAAGCAGCGGAAAAACAAGGUCGUACCCUAAGCUAUUGGUGCUUCAGUCCCGGCCACAGUAUGUUGGACCUAGUAGCCCACGGAGUGAAGAAUGUCAUACUAACUAGCGGCACAUUAUCACCCAUCAACUCCUUCACAGCAGAGAUGCAAAUUCCAUUUCCUUUGAGACUUGAGAACCCUCAUGUGAUAGAAAAACACCAGGUGUGGAUAGGAACCAUGCAAAAAGGGCCAGAUGGGGUGGUCCUCAACUCGAACUAUGAAACAAGAUUUAAACCAAGUUACAUGUCAUCUCUUGGCAAUGUUAUAGUAAACUUCGCUCGUGUGGUGCCCAAUGGUAUGCUGGUAUUCUUCCCAUCUUACCCAGUCAUGGAGAAAUGUCUGGAGCAUUGGCAGGAAAAUAAUAUAUACAACAGAAUCACACAAUACAAGUCAAUUUUUGUGGAGCCAAGAGGGAAGGUGGCCCUGUAUGAGGCAAUGGAAGGCUUUUACGAGAAAAUUAACGACCCCAGUCUCAAUGGAGCUAUUUUUAUAGCAGUGUGUCGAGGGAAGGUGAGUGAGGGACUUGACUUUUCUGAUAUCAAUGGCCGAGCAGUUAUCAUCACUGGCCUGCCCUACCCACCACGUAUGGACCCCAAGGUUAAACUAAAAAUGGAGUUUCUUGAUGAAAUGAAAGGCAAACAGACAUUCCAGACUCUGACUGGAAAUGACUGGUAUAAACAGCAGGCGUCACGAGCUGUCAAUCAGGCUAUUGGGCGUGUCAUUAGGCAUCGCCAUGACUAUGGCGCUAUCAUUCUUUGUGAUACAAGGUUUUCCUAUCAGAACUCCGUGAAUCAAUUGCCUAUAUGGGUACGUCCAAACGUCAACAAAUACAGCAGCUUCGGGCAAAGUCUGAAGGACAUAAUGGUAUUCUUCAAAACUGCAGAGAAAACCUUGCCAGCUCCACAACCACUGAAGAAGAAACAGUCAACAACUGGUUGUCAUGGAGCACACUUUGCUCCCACAAUGUCAAGGUCAAAGAUUGUCCCAAAGCUUGAGCAAGCUCGUAAAGUGGAACAGCAUGUCAGGAGUCUGCGUAACACAGAAGAGGAGAAUGCCCUACUUCAAAGUCAAUAUGAAUAUACCAGACAGUCAGUGGUUAAGAACAAGAGGCACAGUCUGUUGGGGGCUUUGUCUGAAAGUGAGAAAUUUGAUACUGAUGUACUAGAUGACUCAUUUGACACGGGUUUUGCAUUCAAUAAACCUGUCACUUCAAAAGCCAAAAUUCCAGUUAAGAAAAAAAUCAUAAUCAAGAAAAGAGAAACAUCUCCUAAACACUCGACGCACCAGAUUUUAUGUGUCCAAGAUAUCGACAAGAAGUCCUCUACCACCACUUUACCACUGACGGCUGGUCAUGGAGAAACAGUAACACAAACAAGUAAUCCAACACAUCUCCAAACAGCAGAGGCUUAUAUAGCACAGGUUAAGCGAGUACUUGGACCAGCCUCCUAUAAGUUGUACACCAAGGCCAUGGUGGACUACAAACAGAGCAACAACUUUGAUAAUCUGACUUCUAUAUUGACUAAUAUCUUCUUGGAGGACGCUGUGCACAUGGAUCUUCUCAGGAGGUUUUAUGUGUAUGUGCGUCCCCAUCAUAGACGACAAUUUCAUGAGCUGUGCUGCAACCUGACGGGUGAAGGAUGUGGCUUUAAACCAGAACAUGCCAUCUCCAAGAAACGAGUCCAGACAGAGAUCUCUGACGGAGCAUCAAAACGUCAGAAGACAAACACAGUGUCUUCAACAGGGCUGGGUCAGAAUGACACAGCAUGUAUCAAAACAAACUCUGUGUCUUCUACAGGACUGGGUCAGAAUGACACAGCAUGUAUCAAAACAAACUCUGUGUCUUCAACAGGGCUGGGUCAGAAUGACACAGCAUGUAUCAAAACAAACUCUGUGGCCUCGCUCAACAGUCAGGAACCAGGGAGUGGACAGGAUCCAGGGAAAGCUGUGGUGUGUCCAGAGAAGUCAGUGUUAGGUAGUGGUAGGGGUGCGGACAGGGCAGUGCUGGAACCUCAGGAACAAACCACUAAUAACACACUGAACCGAAGUAGUGAAGACUUGUUUGGGGAGGAAACAUCACAACAAGGAGAAAAGAAAGGUAAUCAGAUCAAAACAGAUCAACCAAAUAGGCAGAGUGGACAGAAAUGUAUGCCAAGUUUGGUGGAGAGAUUGAAGCAUGUCACUGGACCAUUAGAUAUACGCAGCAAGAUUAAGGUAGAAACAGGCUACAUAUGCUGUCUCUGUGAUGAGGAUGCCACUGCACCUUUCAAAUCUGCCUGUCUUCAUGUCUGUUGCUUCCGCUGCUGGAAAAAGGUGUUUGAGAAAGACAAGUUAUGUCCAAGAUGUGGGUUGAAGGUCAGGAAACGACAUCUGCAAGGUUUGCUGUUCAGUAACCCAGACAGUUGAUAGAUAAAGCAUAUCCUAAAUCUGAUGUUAGUAACCAAGACACAGGCAGAAUUAUCUCUGGAGUCUGACUUAAACAAGGGUUCUGAUGUGUGUUAGUAACCUAUACACAAGCGGAAACAACUUUUCUUACAUUUGAUAGACAGAAACAUCUCCAGUGUCUGAAAGAAAGAAAAAAACAUUUCUGAUGUUUGAUGUUAGCAACUUAUACUGACUAAGAGAGAAACAACACUUCCUGGAUUGGAUAUAUAUGUAUGAUAUCUCAUACAAAGGCAGCGACAACAGUUUGAGGAUCUGAUGUGCAGUAACCCAGAAAGAGAAAUAAUAGUUUUCAAGAUGUGGUGUUUGAUAACCAAUAAAGAAAAACAUCAGUUCUUGGGAUCGAUGUUCAGUAAGCAUCAGUAAUCCACAGCGAGAAACAACAGCUUGUGAGUCCGUUUCUCAGUAAUCCACAGCGAGAAACAACAGCUUGUGAGUCUGUUUCUCAGUAAUCCACAGCGAGAAACAACAGCUUGUGAGUCCGUUUUUCAGUAAUCCACAGCGAGAAACAACAGCUUGUGAGUCCGUUUUUCAGUAAUCCACAGCGAGAAACAUCACUGUUGAUCUAAUGUUUAGUAAACAACAACAAACAAACAAAAUUUACAGUUCUUGUGUCUGAUGUUCAGCUGUAACCCAAAGGGAAACAUCAGUUUGUAGAUAAAAUAUUCUGUAACUCAUGACAAGAACCACCAGUUCUUGGGUCUGAUGUUCAGCUGUAACCCAAAGGGAAACGUCAGUUUGUAGAUGAAAUAUUCUGAAGCUCAUGACAAGAAAUACCAGUUCUUGGGUCUGAUGAUCAUUAAACUGUAGUGAAGAUUUGUUGUUGAGCAACCUACCACAGGAAGUUGGUUCUUGGGUCUGAUGUUCAGUAACCCAAACAGAGUCACAGUUUGUGGAUCUGUUGUUGAGCUACCUACCACAGGAAAUUUAUUCUUGGGUCUGAUGUUUAUUGAACUGUAGUGAAGAUCUGUUGUUCAGUAACUCAACACAAGAAACAUUGGUUCUUCGGUAAGAUGUCAUGAGUGUAUUUCAAAUAUCCUGUGAAUACAGGUUAAAACCAGGAACAUUUGGCUGGACCAAGUGAUAAGUUGUUUUUAUAGACUUAUAAGUCAAAUGGGCUCUAGGGAUUUGCAUGACAGGACAUGUACAUCAUAUUAAUGUGCAAUAGUGAUGUCAGUUUAGUGAUAUAGUGUAAAGUGUAUUGUACAGGGUACAUUAAAGUUAAGUAAAAACAUUUUUGAUUGUACAUUGAUACUCCCUAAAGGCAAGGGAAUGAUUCUCCUACUUGGAGAAAUUGCUGUUUUUGUAUGCCUUACGUACAGUGUAAGUUACAAACGUUUUCUAGUUUAUAUAUAUAUUUUUUUUUAUUAUUAUUAUUUUUUUUUUUUUGGAAGAGUGAAAGUAUACACUACAAAAUGUAGUUGAUUUAAUUAUCGUAACAUAACCUAAAUUCGUUUUUUGCUAAGUUAUAUAAUCAUGAUAGAUGGUUGCACCCUCCUGACACUUUAUUGGCCAAUGUUGACUUUUUUGUUUCACCUGUGAUAAACAUUGGCAGAGGUAAGACUUUAGAGUUACAGUUCCAUUAGUGUUGGUGGUGUUGUCAACAUCUAUAUAAUAAUAAAAAAUUAUAUUCUU